AUGCUCCUCGCGGCCGCGGCCGGGAACGCGGUCAGCAUCUUCGACGUCGAGGGCGGCAACCUGCGCGAAGGCCGCAAGAUCAGCAGCGCGAGCGAGACGACGGCGACCUGCGCGGUCUGGAACCACAACAAUCGUAUCCUGGCGAGCGCAUUUGCCAACGGCCUCCUCUCGAUCAACACGCUCACUGCGCGCGAGCCAUCGCUGUGCAACCUGCAGGAAGGCUCGUCGCCCGACAAGCGCGUCAACGCCGUUCAAUUUAGCGCCGGGUCGCGCUACCUCAUUAGCGGCGGCGCCGACCGCGUUGUCCGCUUUUGGGACCUCAAGCACCAGCAGCUCAAGCACGUCUUCCCCGAGUGCUCGAGCGCGAUCCAGACGCUCGCGUUCACGGGCCAGAGCGACGAGCAUGUCGUCGCCGGCAGCGAAGCGGGCGUCGUGUAUCUGUAUACGCAGAACGGCACGCAGUCGAACGUCCUGCAAGUCGACGGCGAGACGUCGCCAGUUCAAUUCCUCCAGUCGUCGCCGCACCCGUUCGUACGUGACAAGGUCGGCGCCGUCUACGGCUCUGGGUCGCUGCGGGUCUGGGAUGCCGCGACCGCGUCGGUAGUCUCGAGCUUUGAGCAUCUCCACUGGGCGCCGGCGACGGCGCUCGCCUUUUCGCCCGUGAGCAAGAACCUCGUGGCGACCGCUGGCCUCGACAAGCGCAUUGUUUUCUGCGACAUUGCCCAGAAAAAAGAGAUGAACUGCCUCGAAGGACCGUACCCGAUCACGUCCAUGUCUCUCUACUCGAACGGCCACUCGCUCGCGACCGGCACCUCGACGGGGCACAUUCUUAUGUACGACAUGCGUCGGACGGCCAAACCGCUCUCCGUGCACUUGAUUGACGCGCAGAAACCCGAGAGCGUCAAUUUCCUCCAGUUUGGCUCGUCCCUUGACAAGGUGCGCAGCAUGGACGAUCCGUACAGUCGACCCAAGGCGAAGAAACAUCAUUCGUUCAGUAUGCAGGGCAUGCAGUCGUCGCUCCAGCACCUCGCGACACCCAAGGAAGUGCCCGCUGCCCGCGCUUCGUUGUCUCUGCCAUCGUCGCCUCUCGUGCAACCACCGGUGCUCGCGGACUCGCGGCCCGUCACCAACCGAACGAAUGACCCGACGCCGUCGACAACGCUCGAUACAUCGACGCAGCAGUGGCUGCAACGGGAGCUCGAGACGAUGAAGCAAGCACUCUCGGACGAGAUCGCCAACGUGCAUCUAGAGGUUCUUCGACAGCACCAGGCCCAACAGACGGAGAUGACGCGGGCGCUUCAAGACGUCACCAAGCAGCUCCAAGCCAUUCUGGCCGAAAACAAACGUCUCCACGACGAGAACGACCGACUACGCAACGUGUUUUAA